GCCCCAGGGUACGCUCCAGGUUCACGAACUAUCGGGCAGAUUUGAAUACUUCUAGAGAACCUCGUCAGGCUGUGCUCCAGUCCUAAGGCCUCUGAUUUGUGAUAUCACUUAUGUCACCCAAGCGCCUCAUGAAGGACCUGUGUCUAGUAUCUACAGAGUCCAGACGUAUAUAACCGCCAGGCUGGUUGCGGCUAUGAGGAACAUCUGUGUAAACAGUCACAUCCACUCAACGUUCAUGCAUCAGCCAGACAAUACAACUUCCCAGGAGAAAACUCCCUUUGAACAGGCCUGGGAGGAGUAUCGCACAACCAUCAAGUCGUCUCAGACCAAGAAGGUCAAAUUCAUCGAAAAAUGCUCCCAGUUUGCCUCAGAAUGGCGGGAUCCUGUUAUAGCCAUAAAUGAAGCGAUCACAGAGGUGGAGAAUCAGAAUUACCAGAAACAAUCCCAGAAGGUGGUUAGCAAGUACCUGCUCCCAUUCGUGGAUGCCUUGGAGGGUUUCACUGGUAUUGUGGAUGCAUUGACCACCUUGGAUCCUAUCGCAUCGAUUGCCUGGGGCUGUCUCAAGGUUGCUCUCAAUAGCCUUGGUCAAUGCGCGAGACUCUUUGAAAACAUCCACUGCGAGUUGGAUUCUCUCGGUGGUCAUCUAAAGAACAUUACUGUCUAUGGCGACCUGUACCAAAAGAACGCAGACAUGCAGGAGGUCCUCUGCAACGCUUACAUCAAUGUUAUCCGGUUCUGGUAUAGAGUUGAUAAAGAAUGCACUAAGUCAGGACUCAAGUUCGGGACACCUUUUAGCACAAAGAAGUUGGGAGGCAUCAUAAACGACAUGCAUUGUGACGCCGAGAAGAUUAAAGACUGCGCCGGUCGACUUGGUCAGCAAGAGUCGAGGGAGUACCGUCAUGUGGAUGAAGCAGCUCCGCGGGAGUCGGAUGAAGCACAUAAAUGGGACAUAGUCUCGGAUUGGCUGUCAUCAGAUUCGAAAUCCUUGAAUGAUCUAUGUUUCGCACGGCAAGAGGAGAACUUACGUGGCCGUAGCCAAAUCACUUGCCAAUGGCUGUUUUCCCAUGACAAAUUUCUUCAAUGGAAGAACGAUCCCUCAUCAUCACCGAUCUUGUGGAUCCAUGGUCCGCCUGGAUCCGGGAAAUCGACACUGUGUUCAAGCGCCAUCGAAUCCCUAGCCAAAAGAUCAGGAUCAAAUGUAGUGAUUUAUCACUUUUAUGACUUUGCGCAGCAUCUUUCACCACAGCAGACAUUGUCUAUUCUCGCGCGACAACUGCUUGAAUACCGCCAGCGCCUGCAGGAAAUUCCGGAUGAAUUGCAGAAACUUAUGCAUGCGCCUGAAUCUCCCCUUGGAAGGGCUCAAAAAAUCAUCAAUGCAUUAAUUGAGGGACAUUCGAGAAUCUACUUCUUUCUCGAUGGUCUGGAUGAAGAAACUACGAUGAAGAGUUCAUGGGACAAUGUUGUAUUAGUGCUUCGUUUUCUCAUCAAGCUCGCAGACGACUAUCCUACCAAAGUCCGUGUCUGGUGUAGUAGCCAGCGCCGGGACCGCAUUAUCAAGGAACUCCAGGGACGCCCUAGCCUCGAUAUUGAUGGCUACGCGAGGAGCGAUCUCGCUUUGUACUUAUCAGAAGAGGUUUCCAAGCUUCAGUGGUCGAGUCCUUCCGACCAAACUUGUAUCCUGGAGACGCUGAGAAGUCGUGCCGAAUGUAGUUUUAUCUGGGCAAAGCUCAUGAUAGAUGCCCUCGAAGCGGGUUGGUCAACCGCUAGGAUGGAGGAACUUCUAAAAGGGCUCCCAGAGACUCUGGAAAAGUAUUAUCACAGAUUUUUCGAACGUAUGGAGAGGUCGUACCGCCCACUAGCUUGCAAAGUCUUUUCACUUGUUAUUUUUGCCCGACGUCCUUUGCGAUUGGAAGAACUUACCGAGGCUGUGUGGUGCUUGGAGAGUGAGCCCCACAGAGAACUCCAGCACAAGGCCAAGCCCAAUGUCAACAGUAUCCGUACCAUCGUGCAACCCUUCAUCGAAUUCAUCAAUACCAAUAGGACAGAUGAUUCUUGCACUGAGGAGCAGUAUACCUGUCGUAUCUUACAUUCCACCCUGCGCGAUUUCCUUGUGGACCAUCCAAAUAUCCUGUGCGACAAUUCCUCAGAUCUUCGUAUUAGCGCUGAGUGGCCGGCUCGCGCUUGUUUACGUUACCUGGGUCAAUCUCGAUAUUCCGGCCUACUAGUCAGACAGGAGGGAAGGUGGCUUGAUGUGGAGGAAGACCCAGUGGAUUGCCACCCUUUGCUUGUGUACGCUGCCAAGUACUGGGACAAGCACCUUGAUGACGUCAAUAUUGACAUUGGUAGUGUCGAGUCCUUCAUCACUUCUCCUAACUUUCGGACCUGCAUACAGGUCCAGAGCCUAUGGGUAGAGGCACAAUUCUCGUUCUUCUCCCGUCCCGACGAGGGCAAUGGCUUCAACAUGUAUGUACGGCGGGUGUUCCCGUCGUGGUUUGCGCGAGCUCAAACCGGUCCUGGUCAAAAGCUUUGGACAGACUUCCGCCAAUUUUUGCACGAGUGGAUAUAUUUCCUUAGCUGCGAGCAGUGUGGCGGGGAAAAGACAUGCGAAAUAUUGCCAUACAUCGGACAAUUGGAUCGCAUAUGGUUCGGAGCUCUUGGUCCAAACAAUUUCCUGUCUCAAUUGGAGGGCAGAUGCACAAGUUUCGCUUUCCAAACGGGUCUCGAUUCUGAUGCAGUCCGGUAUGUUUUUGAUGCAGUCAGUGAGGCAGGAGACAAAAUCAUGAUAUUACGGAUACAGGUAUUGCGGCCAGAAGCUCGUGUUAAUAGCACAUCUAUCCUCAAAUGCUCUUGCGAGAGCUGGAAUCUAUCUAAAGAGCAACCUCCAAAGCUCCAGAACAAGCAGACUAUACAACUUACUGCCAGUAGUUGCAACUGGAACUUGUAUGCAGAGUCCGUAAGCGACCCUGCCUUACAGGCAGGCAGGGCUGUGCCAGCUGCUUUUGGAGCAGAUUGUCAAACCCUCCGGAUUGGCACCCAGCUGUACAGACGAGCCGAUAAUGGCACAUUUGUCGCCAUUACUACGCAGUACUUUUUGUGCGAUCUGCGCUCCAUCUACGUUGAGGAGUUUACACGUCAGCGUCAGUUCCUCGUUCUCACUUCCCGAGCGAAGAUUUCCAGGAGAGAUCUCAAAGUGACCCGGCACAAAGCGGACGGGGCGGGUGAUGAAGACCCAUGGGUAGAAGGGGACGAACUUGACGAGGAUUCGGAAGAUGAAAACAGUUCCAUAGUGAUUGCAUCAGAUUCGGAGGGGGAUGGACUUGACGAGGACCCGGAAGAUGAAGACAGUUCCAUAGAGACCGCAUCAGAUUCAGAAGACGAGUCUGAAUGUGGAACUGAGUCAGAGGAUUCGGGCGAUGAGAGCAUAAGUGAAGGCAGCACCGAUUCUUCUGCUAAUUUCGAAUUAGAAGACGAUAUACUCCCUCCGUGGGCCAAUCACAUUGGCGGCGAAGACACAGACACAGACAACGAGAGCCGUCGUUCCUUUGAUAUUGAGGACUGCAAUGACGUUUCCGACCACGAAGAAGAUUUAGAAAGCAGUUCUGAAGAUGAUGCUAUCCCAUCUGAAGUGUUCGACGAUAACCUCUUUCGCAAUGAGGAACAACACGACUGGGAAGGACUGUCGAAUAAACGCGCAAAGAAGCGAAAGGCUCGAGCAACCAUCACUGUGUUUGACACUCAAUCGUGCACUCGUCUCUUCCGCUUGAGGCAGCCAAUCAAAUGUAGACUGUUCGCUUCGCCACCUGUCUUCCACCCCACGAAGUCCCUGGUCGUCUGGCCACUCGCCGAUGGUAAUGUCCUGUUUGUGGAUUACUUGGUUAAAACGCACUUCACCCGGCGGCUGCAGCCAUCAACUCCCUACACGGGUCAGGUCUUCAUGAAAAUCCGUUUUUCUGAAUGUGGUGAAUUUUUGCAUAUUGCCACCCUUGAAGCACAAAGAAAGACUCCAGAAUUGAAGAAGGACUCAGAACCCCUACCUCCCAUCAAACUAGCUGUCCUCGUGUGCACGUACCGUCUCUCUCGGAGAAAGACCACCAGGUCACCUCCUCAGCAAAUUCAUCGCAUGAAACUAGCGUUAGGCCAAACCACACGGCUGCACGUAACGAAAAUGCCAUUCACGCUCACUUGGACAUCGAAGGAUCUCUACUUCAGUUGCAGUGGAAAGUUGCUGCAAGUUUACCGCAUUCCGUUGUUUGGUACAACAGAAGAGAAGGCCAAAGAGAAUCUACAAGCCGUGUGGACACCUCGGAAGCCAUUUUUUCUCCCGCACAGUGCAAAUAACCGAGCAGUAUACUAUUUCCCUCCUGCGGAGAACAAGAGCGGCAAGGAGCAAUUACCCGCACGCAUACUCAUCGGGAGCGACUUUACCGCACUGAGGGAUAUUGAACCAAACGAAGCUGAAGAGGAUUACAACGCUUUGUUGGUGAAACGCGUCAUUGACCACUCUGUUGGCAGAAGAGGGGAAUUUCAUCCGCCCAUUGGGUGCUAUGUCGAUGAAGACACCAACCUUGGCGGAUGGGUUGAAUCUCAUGCCCGCGCAAAUAUUUUACAAGAUCGCGGCGUUGGCCAUUUAGACCCUCACAUGCCAGUUGAACGCUUCAAUCCUGAUGAUGAUUGUGACUUGGAACCGUCCAUCUAUUGAUUAUACUAGCACUAGGAACUAGAUCUGAGACCCUACAAUAUUGG